AUGAUAAGAUGUGAAAUUCAAGACAUUAGAGAUGCUAUGCGGUCGACUGAGCAACGGAUAACAAACCUAGCCACAAAUCAAAGUAACAUUCAAGACGAAAUACAAAGUCUCAAAAACUUUGCACAGAAAGCUGGGGAUAAAUUUGUGUCACUGGAGUCUAAUGUAGGAAACUUAAAAAAUCUACCAAGCGAUACGAAGCGAUAUGAAGAAAUACUGUCUGAAUUAAACGACCAAAGCAUGAGAAAGAAGAACAUACUUAUUGCUGGUAUUCCUGAACCUCAGUCAACGGACGCCAAGGAACGUAUUGAUCUAGACAAGACUAAAGUAGUUGAGCUAUCAAAAACUUACUCAAAGACUGCCCUGAAUCAAAAAAAAGUACGCAUAUGA